AUGGGAAUGGUAGUUCGACCUCCCUGGAGGCUUGCUGAAACCGUCGGGCCUGGGAUCCGGGGGACUCCGUGUCCCAGCGUCCCUGGCGAUGGUGGCGCGCGUGGCGUGCUGCCCCCGGCCUCUGCCUGUCUUUUCGCAACGCGCGCUGGCGCUGGCGCCCAGGAGCGCGAACCCCGACGCGAGUCCCCGCCGGCUCUGACCCCGCGCCCCCGCGAGCCGCCCGCCCGGCCCGGCAUGCCCCGCGCCCGCAAGGGACACGUCCUAGUGGGGGGAGGAAGCAGGGGAGGAGGUGGAGCUCGGAGCAGCACCCAGGCCGACUCUCCUUCCAGUGAUGAUGAAGCGGCUAGUGAAAUAUUGAGCCAUUACAGCAGUACCAGCGAGGGGGCCAGCAUUGCCGAGGAGAACCUAGGCAAUGAAGUGGUCGAUGAGCAGGCCCAGCAGGAGGAACUGGAAGAGAAGCUCAAAGAAUGCAUCGACAACGUGGCCGACAAGAGUGCCAAGACCAGGCUGGGUGCCCUGGAAAGCCUGCGCCUGGCCUUCUCCUCCCGAGUGCUUCUGGACUUUCUGCUGGAACGCCGCCUCACCCUCACCGACUGCCUCGAAAAGUGCCUCAAGAAAGGGAAAGGAGAGGAACAGUCUCUCGCUGCCACUGUGCUGACCCUGCUGUGCCUUCAGAUGGGCUCGGGCCCAGAGGGAGAGGAGCUCUUCCAGAGCCUGCGGCCCCUCCUCAGCAGCAUCCUUACAGAUACCUCUGCCAACCUGGGAGCCCGGCACAGUUGUGCCACAGCCCUCGGGAUGUGCUGUUACAUUGCUGCGGCCGAUGUGGAGGACCUCAUCUCGUGUCUCGCCUGCCUGGAGAGCAUCUUCAGUGGGGCCUAUGGGGAGGAGGCCUCCACGGCCCCGGCGCCCCUUCACCCCCUGCAUUGCUGCGCCCUCCAGGCCUGGGCCUUACUCCUCACCAUCUGCCCUGGCUCCCACAUCAGCAGGGUUUUGGACAGCCAGCUGCCUCGGCUGCCCCGGCUGCUCUCCAGCGACAGCGUCCACCUCCGCAUCGUGGCGGGGGAGACCAUUGCCUUGCUCUUCGAGAUGGGCCGAGACCUGGAGGAGGACUUCCUGUAUGAGGACACAGAUGCCCUGUGCGGCACCCUCCGAGCCCUGGCCACCGACAGCAACAAGUACCGAGCCAAGGCCGACCGGCGCAAGCAGCGCUCCAUCUUCCGGGAUGUGCUGCACUUCAUCGAGAGUGGAGAGUGUCAGGAAGAGACAAUCAAGUUCGGCCUGGAAUGUAUGUAUGUGGACAGCUGGGUCAGACGCCGCACUUACACAGCGUUUAAGGAGACCCUGGGCUCUGGGGUCCGCCACCACCUCCAGAACAACGAGCUGCUCCGAGACAUCUUAGACCUGGGGCCCGUGCUGGUGCUGGAUGCUGCCGCCAUGAAGGCCAGCAAGAUUUCCCGCUUCGAGAAGCACCUCUACAAUUCAGCUGCCUUCAAAGCCCGCACAAAAGCCCGCAGUCGCGUGCGGGACAAGCGAGCGGAUGUGCUCUGAGCACAAGGCCUCCCCUGGCCCUGGGCUGGGGGCUGCCCUCAUCCCUGUUUUUUACAUAGAAGAACAUGUCACCACGCUGCAUCGUGUGGCCUGGCUCCCUGGGGGCCUUUGCUUUAUUUUUUUAAUGACAAAACCAAAUAAAGGUGUUGGGGGAGGGCUGCCUGAACUCCCUUGACCCCUUGCCCUCAGCCCCUCAUUCCUCCAGCCCCCUCCCUCCAACGCCCUCUUCCUGUCUCCCCUUCGCCCAUCUCUCCUGCUGGGCCAGGGUUCGAUUUGGGCCAUGGGAAGAUUACCUUUUGUGCCUGCCUGUUCUCAGGGGGUGAGGCAUUGAUGUCUCAGUGAUGUCGAGGAAGGAGAGAAGCCAGAGGCUCCCCAGGCUGAGGAGUGAAUGGGGAGUCCCCCCCCUCUUCUCUGGCUGCUCUUCCCCACCGGACUGACCAACCACUCCGUCCCCCUAUUAGAGAAUGUGGGAUGGCGUCCUGGAGGGAGGCCUGACCUGGGGCAGCCGUUUCCUUGUGGCUGGCCGGGCCGGGAUGCUCCUCUUCCUUCAGUCCAUAACACGUAUUCAGUGUGGCCUCCCCCUCCUGCACCUUAGCUGUGCUGGAAUGUGGAGGGAACAGGGCAGGGGCUCUCUGGAAUGUAUGGAUGUGCCGAUUUUAUAAGAAGAUUAAUAUUGGAGAUAAUUAAACCAGACCAUAGCUUGGC